AAAACAAUAUAAAAGAUAAUUAAGCAUUUAUUUAGUUGAAGUGAAAUUUGGAAUAAGACAGUAUUAUGUGGUUUCAAUGUUGAUUGAUUUAAAAUAUCUGUUAAUGCAUGUUAAUGCAUGGAAAGGGAGGGACAACAAAAAAAUAGUAUUAGCCAUUAAAAAUAUACAUAAUAAUGAUAGUAAUGAAGAAGUAAACUAAAAAUAAUAAUGGGUAAUAAUAAAAAAAGUAAAUAUUUUGUAAUAUCUUAUUCUACAGGUUCUGCACAGACUGAACGGCUUAGUUCAAAGGCCUAUUCAGAAUCUAAAACAACUCAUUAAUGAUUGCAAAACUGAUCCUCUUGAUCCUGAAGCAGAAAAAAAAAUAGAAAAGCAAAUCGAAAAGAUGCAAAAAAAAGAAGAAAAAAUGGAAUUUGAAAUGCAGAACAUAAAGAAAGGGAUUGCCGACGUAACAAAAGAUGUUCAAGAAACUAUUGACGAGGUUAUCGAAGUGAAAGGAGCAGUUCAAAAAGCAACGAAAUAUGUUUACAAUGUGAAAGACGAAGUUAUCGAAGUGAAAGGAGAUGUUCACACAGUAACGAAAGAUUUUCACAAAUUAAGAGAAGAUUUCAAAGCAACGGACAAUAGAGUUGAUAGGCUUGAAAAGCAAAGGAUAUUAGAAGGAACCCAAAAACGAGGGAAGAAACCAAGUGUACUUAAAAGAAUACUUGAAAAGUUACCUUUCAUGCGAGGACAAAAAAAAGAAGAAACAGAGGAAAACCCGGUUGCACUCUGCUCCCAGGACGAGUAUAUUCAUAUGAAAAAAGAAAGUGAAUUCAGUGGCCAUCAUUAA